UUCACAGGAAGCUGGGGGGCUGCCAUUUUUCUGCAAACAGUUUUUUUUUUUAGAUGCAAAGAAGUGGGGUUGGUGUCUGACUCCUAAUUGAAUUUGUAUUUUUUUUUUUUUUUUUUUUUAGCGAGGACUCUGCACGAAUGCCAUGGAGCGCAUUUCGGAGCAGCCGUGGAAUUCCUCGUACACCUACCAGGUGAGUAAACACAGCGACGAGAUGCUUCACAACCUCAACGACCAGAGGAAAAAUGGAGGAAGGUUUUGCGAUGUUAUCCUGCGGGUCGGGGAAGACAGCUUCCCGGCUCACAAAGCCGUGCUGGCGGCCUGCAGCGAGUACUUCGAGUCGGUCUUCAGCUGUCAGGCGGAAGGGGGCGGCGAGACCAAAGAGCUGGAGAUGCACACGAUCAGCGGCAAAGUUUUUAAGGACAUUUUAGACUUCGCGUACACUUCGAAGAUUGUCGUCAGACUCGAGUGCUUCCCCGAGCUAAUGACAGCCGCCAAGUUUCUCCUGAUGAGGUCCGUGAUUCGGAUAUGCCAGGAGGUUAUCAAGCAAUCCAAUGUCCAGAUCCUGGUCCCGCCGGCUAGGGGUGAUCUGGCUCUGUUCCGAACCGGAGCGCCCGAUCUGGGGUUUCCAUCGGACAUGGCAAAUGGGUCCGGUUUGGUGGGGUCCGUGUUCGGGACCAAUGAACAGGCGCUCGACAGCGACGUUAACACCCAAGCGACGGGUGGCCUUUCCUUGACAGACAGCAGCCCAUCUGCGAUUCCUGCGGGUCUGCAGACGGUAGGACGGCUGCCCGUGAAGCCCACACAGCUGUCCCCGCUGCUUGCCGUGGCGAAUCCGUUUCAAAACGUGGCGAGCGGCGCCGCUCAGGUUGGAGCGGGAGGGAAGCGGGGCAGAGGGCGGCCCAAGAAAGCCCCGGCGGUGGAUCCCAUGCUCUUCGCCGGCCCGGCCGUUGCAAAGGAGCUGGGAAUCUUCCCCUGCGGACUGUGCGGAAAGAUUUUCAGCGACGGCGUUCGGCUCAGGAACCACGAAGCCCAGCACAGCGCGCCCAGCAUCAGUCUUCACAGCAUGGGCAACUCCGAAAACGGGGUUCCGAUCCACAUCGGGGUCGCAGACGGCACUCGGAAGCGGGAGAGGACCAGGAGGCACGUCGGGUGCGACAUUUGCGGAAAGGUGUUUCGGGACGUUUAUCACCUCAACCGGCACAAGCUCUCUCACUCCGGGGAGAAGCCCUACGCCUGUCCGGUGUGCGGGCUGCGUUUUAAGAGGAAGGACCGGAUGUCUUACCACGUUCGGUCUCACGACGGCUCGGUCGGGAAGCCCUACGUGUGUCAGACCUGCGGAAAAGGUUUCUCCAGGCCGGACCACCUAAACGGACACAUCAAGCAGGUGCACACCUCGGAGAGACCCCACAAGUGUCAGACCUGCAAUGCCUCCUUUGCCACACGAGACAGGCUGCGCUCCCACCUGGCGUGCCACGAGGAUAAAAUCCCAUGCCAGGUGUGUGGCAAGUUCCUGCGGGCCGCCUACAUGACGGACCACCUAAAGAAGCACAGCGAGGGUCCGCACAACUACUGCAGCAUCUGCAACAAAGGUUUCUCCACUGCUUCCUACCUAAAGGUCCAUGUAAAAAGCCACCACGGGGCCGCCCUCCCCGACAGCCCCCCCUUUACUGAGCAGAGGGAUCAGCCCCAGAACGGGGGCGCGGGCUUCCACACGGGCAGGACUUGUGCUGUCGAAGACUUUUGUGCCAGUCAGAGGCUGCUGGUCAGUUUCCCUGAAGCAGAGGUGCGUUUCCGAGGGCUGCCUGCCGCGGCCCCGCCCACGCUGCCCUUCUGCCCUCCUCCCAUUGGCUUCCAGCCCGAGGUGUUGCUGGGGAAACCUGGCGCUCAGUAUUUUUGGGAAUGCCGGGCGGCCGGCCUGCCUGGGCGUCACGCAGACGGACAAGAGGACCUGCAGAAAUGCCCCCACCAAGACCCACAGGACAGCUCAGACAACUCCUUCGGGGAGCUGUCUGACGGGAGCGAUCUCAAGUCUCACCACAAGGUGGAGGAAGAGAGUGUCUCGUUCCAGUGCGAGGCGGGAGGAGGGGGCGAGGCCAGGGGUGACAGCAAGUCGAAGAACGAGAUGGAAAAAAAGCACACCUGCCCGGACUGCGGCAGCAGUUUCCGCUCCAGGUCCCACCUGAACAAGCACGUGCAGAGGGCUCACUGCCCCCAGAAGGGCAUGCAAGCGCUGGGGGAACUGGCCCCCUUCUCCCCGCAACAGAACAUGUCCCUCCUUGAGUCUUUCGGCUUCCAGAUUGUCCAGUCCGCUUUUGCAUCCUCGCUGACUGAUCCCGAGGCUGGGCACAGCGGGAUGAACAUGGGGGGGAAGUGACUCCCCGAGACUGCCCCCACACCUCAGUUUCACUGAGCUAAACUGAGAGGGGGCAUCGGUACCACCGCCACCAUUUAGCUGUGCUGAUCCUGCGGGUGAUUCCCAGCGAUUUGAGAGGAGAGGUCCAUGCAGAACUGGAGUCAAGGGGCAACUUGGUUUUAUAUUUAUAUAUAUUAAAACCAAAUAUCUCAAAUAUUUUCUCAUGUCAUAUAUAAGGUUACAUGUACUGUGCUGUAAUGAGAAAUGUAAUGAUCUGUUAGUUUUUAUUUUGCCAGUGUCAGCUGAUAUUUUCUUCUGCUCCUCAUCCUCAGUCUGACCCUGGCAGUGCGCCCCGUGCGUGCAUGUGUGUGUGUUUGUGCGCGUGCGUGUGUCCGUCCGCACUCUUACACCAGAUCGGGAGGGGUUGAAGGCAUUGUAUUUAAUUGUAUUUAUUUUUGAGUUGAGGUUUCUUCUCUAGUUGCUGUCGCGCUCCUUGGCACCGCACCUCUCCACAGUUCAGGACCCUUGGCAGAAGUUGCCCCAGUGCUGUGCAGAGGGGCUCCUGUUUACGAGUCACGCUGUAGAGCAGGAGUAGGCAGGGAGGUGCUUCCUGGGCGGUUUCUGAACGGAGCCAGGUUUGCACUGCAGCAGCAGUUUGGUAGAUAAUGCAUGGCAGACCUGCAAUGGUUCAUCACGCUGACCUCGGACGCUGGCAUUGCCGGGGAACUCCAAGAGACCUAGCCAGACUGAGUGUCCUUUACCUCCCCAUGGCAUGUAUAUAGGGUUUGUAUUCCAGGAUAACGAGCAGAAGCUUGCAGAGUGCUUCGGAAGACCCUCGUAACCCUUUUCUAGGAAUCCUUUCAAGCACAGUAGUGUGUAAAGUACAAUCAUCUGUAUUGUAGGAACAAUACAGAUGUGCUUUUGUUCUUUGUUGUUUAAUACAGGCGUAUUCAGAAUUGUGUUUCUGUGCUGCCAGCACUGUCGGGUGAAUCAGGUCUACUGGACCACACCCGCUCAGCAAGAGUUUAGUGGAAGUUUUAGCCGAAUUUAAAAAGACACGGUUGUCAAAUACUUUUUAUGUAUUGGAGAAAGUAAAAUAAUACAAAUUUGUUUUGUAUUUGUUUUAAAAUAUUACAUGUACUUGAGUUUUUGGUCCUGGCUGUUGAAGGCUGCGUGACCAGAAUGGGUCUCUCGUUUAAACUCUGUGUCGAUUGGGCAGGGAUUCACUUUCUGGAGGCAGGAAUCGUUUUCUGCUCUCUUCUUUGGACAGGGAUUCGACACAAAUGCAAGCAGAAUGAAAAUGCCUAUAUAAAUGUAUUAUUAUGCUGGCUAGCACUGAAAGCACUCUGCUGAUUGAGGUGUAAGUAGUGUGUGCUUGAUACGGAGGGGGUGUCUCAUCUCUCCGGAGAAAGACGCAGUCUAAUAAAUGUGACCACCAUUGACCUGGCUUGUACAGAAAUCCCUAAUGGAUUACUCUUGGGGAAGCCAAGAUCUAUUUUAACAAGUAAUGUAGUUUAGCUCCAGCUUGUAAUCUUACUUGGUAAUUUCAAGUACAGGCAGGUUCCCACAUCAUGAGCCUCAGAGGGUUUAUAUAGCGGGGCAAAGAACAAUGGAUCUGUAUCAAUAGGAUGGUCUGACCAAUCCAAUUCCAUUGAUCAGCCUGAUUGAAACUGACUGAACACAGCUCUCAUGUUUCUGAAAAUCUGUAAAUAGUAAGUAACAGAUUGUUUUGCAGUGGCAGGAAGUCUGAUUGGUCCGUUUGUUUAGACCCUGGAAACAGCAUUCCCAUUAGAAAGCAAUUCAGCAGAAUUGAACACACAGUGUCUCGGGUAGCCUUCAGCACAGUGCAUUGACCCUCAUAACCUGAAGCCAGACUCCCAUUGCAGAGCAGUUUGAUCAAUUCCUGGUUUUACUAAGAGUUUCAUAAUAAGACCUACCUCGAAUCAAGCCCAUGGUGAAAGCUGGAAUGGGUGAAACUGCUCGCAGUAGAGGUCUUAUUUCCAUCCAUGCAUAUAAACUCUUAUCAAAGUUCAUGUGAAUGCAAACCGAGAAGCCUGGGGUCCAAGUGUAUGCGUUGUAUGGGUAGAGGGCGACUCCUACCGUCUUGCUUUGAUGCUCUUGUGUUUUUAACUGCUGUAAUGGUGGUAAGGCAGUCUUCUUUCAUUUUGUUAUUGAUUGCAUCUGUUUUUUGUAUUUUCCUGUUGCUAUUAAACGACAUUUUGCGUCAGGUUGGAACGUGACUUUAAAACUGGGCAAGAGAACUCCAAUAAAGGGCUGUUUUCAACAUGCGGCAUAAUCCGGGAAUGUGGAAUAUCUGGACCCCCUGUAAUUAUAGACCCAGUUAACCCUUUCGGUGUCUCUGCAAGUACUGACCGGACCCAUAAAUCCCAUUUACCAAAAUAUAUGUAAUUUUUUUUUUUUUUUUUUUUUAAAGUGUCCAGCGUCCUGCUCUCAUGUACACUUGGUAAAGAAGUGUGGAUUGUGUGGCUUCACUUUCUUCAGCUCCACAAAACGAAUUCAGGACUGCCAGGGUUCAUGCGUUUACGUGUCUCAGAAGAUCAAUGUAUAUAAGUGGCCUGGAGAAAGGGUCUCUUGCAGGGUACGGGGUCUCACUGGGGUUGAGAUCUGAACCAGUCAGCGGGCAAGGCUGCAGUAGCGGUGCAAAGUGCCUUUCGGAGCCCGUUUGCAUGCAGCUAUAGGGAGCGGAAAGGAGCUGUGGCGCAUAUGCAAUAACCCUAGAAGCAGGCUUUUAAACACAAUGUACAUUUUUAGAAAAACAAAUCUGAACGUGAACUUGACUGACUGUUGAUUGGCUGGGCGUUUGUGUUAAGCGACGUUUUGGUUCUUUCCUCUUUGUUUUUGUAUUGAUAGACGCAUACCUUUUCCAGAGGGGAGUGUUGGGUUUGUACACUGUUUUAACUCGGUAGUCUCUGUAUGUUUUGAUGU